UCUUCAAUGUGCUUUUAAAAUGCAAGUCGUGAAAGUCCUAUGGGCUUUUCUUUGGAUCCUUCCCAAGGCCCUGGGAAAGGACUUCUGUGCGGGGCAAUCGUUUGGAUCCAGAGCAGUCGACUCCGCAGAUCCCCAAUCGUAUUACCUCUGCCUUGGUUUCAUUGGCCCUAUAAAAAAUACCUGCAAGAAUGGAUACUUGUUCGAUGCUCAAACGCAGGGAUGUGUGAUUAUGAACAAUGCAACCCAAUCAAUUAAAAAAUCAAAUGAUAUUAAGAAGGAAGUUAACAUCAAGCAAAAUAUCAGCGUGGAUAGACCCGUUAUAUUCAACAUUUUCGGAAACUUCAAUUUCUUCGCCAGUCUGUGGGGCAAUUCUCAUGAGGCAACGCCUUCGCCCUUGAAACACAACCCAAUUGCCCAUUUCCAAUUUAUUAACAGUGCCGUUGGAGUUGAACCUUUGUCGCAGGAUAAUCUUGCUGAGAAGGAUAAGAAGGAUAUUAUAUUCAGCUUUUUGGAUUCAUACCCAACUGAAGGUGCAACAGAUAGUUCGACGCAGGAAUCCUCCACACGAGUGCCGGAAGAUGCUUCAUCGACUGCAUUUAUACAAGAAAGUUCCACACAAGAAAGUCGCUCAAGCACAGAAGCAUCCUUAGAUGAUAUAAUAUGGAGCUCUGAAAGUAUCGUGCCUACGGAAUCAUCAACACCCAUUAUUUCAAGUUCGGCGGAAGAUAGUUGGUCAAGCUCGGAAAGUCCUGUGUCCACCGAACCAUCUACAGGAGCGACAGAUGAUUCUUCGUCAACAGAACCUUUACCAAAUAGUUCGACUCAGGAAAGUAGCUCAAGCACUGAAAGUUCUUUCUACACAGAAUCAUCUACAGAUGCGACUGAUGAAUCUCCUUCAACAGAAUCUCAACCAGAUACUACGACCCAAGAAAUUAGCUCAAGCACGGAAAGUCCUUUGCCUACUGAAUCAUCUACAGAAGCUACUGAGUCUUCUUCAACAGAAUCUUCACAAGAUAGUACGACCCAAGAAAGUAGCUCAAGCACUGAAGGUCCUUUGACUACUGAAUCAUCUACAGAACCUUCUAAUGAGUCUUCCUCUACAGAAUCUUCACAAGAUAGUACGACCCAAGAAAGUAGCUCAAGCACUGAAGGUCCUUUGACUACUGAAUCAUCUACAGAACCUUCUAAUGAGUCUUCCUCUACAGAAUCUUCACAAGAUAGUACGACCCAAGAAAGUAGCUCAAGCACUGAAGGUCCUUUGACUACUGAAUCAUCUACAGAACCUUCUAAUGAGUCUUCCUCUACAGAAUCUUCACAAGAUAGUACGACCCAAGAAAGUAGCUCAAGCACUGAAGGUCCUUUGACUACUGAAUCAUCUACAGAACCUUCUAAUGAGUCUUCCUCUACAGAAUCUUCACAAGAUAGUACGACCCAAGAAAGUAGCUCAAGCACUGAAGGUCCUUUGACUACUGAAUCAUCUACAGAACCUUCUAAUGAGUCUUCCUCUACAGAAUCUUCACAAGAUAGUACGACCCAAGAAAGUAGCUCAAGCACUGAAGGUCCUUUGACUACUGAAUCAUCUACAGAACCUUCUAAUGGGCCUUCCUCUACAGAAUCUUCACAAGAUAGUACGACCCAAGAAAGUAGCUCUAGCACUGAAGGUCCUUUGACUACUGAAUCAUCUACAGAACCUUCUAAUGAGUCUUCCUCUACAGAAUCUUCACAAGAUAGUACGACCCAAGAAAGUAGCUCAAGCACUGAAGGUCCUUUGACUACUGAAUCAUCGACAGAACCUUCUAAUGAGUCUUCCUCUACAGAAUCUUCACAAGAUAGUACGACCCAAGAAAGUAGCUCAAGCACUGAAGGUCCUUUGACUACUGAAUCAUCUACAGAACCUUCUAAUGAGUCUUCCUCUACAGAAUCUUCACAAGAUAGUACGACCCAAGAAAGUAGCUCAAGCACUGAAGGUCCUUUGACUACUGAAUCAUCUACAGAACCUUCUAAUGAGUCUUCCGCUACAGAAUCUUCACAAGAUAGUACGACCCAAGAAAGUAGCUCAAGCACUGAAGGUCCUUUGACUACUGAAUCAUCUACAGAACCUUCUAAUGAGUCUUCCUCUACAGAAUCUUCACAAGAUAGUACGACCCAAGAAAGUAGCUCUAGCACUGAAGGUCCUUUGACUACUGAAUCAUCUACAGAACCUUCUAAUGAGUCUUCCUCUACAGAAUCUUCACAAGAUAGUACGACUCAUGAAAGUAGCUCAAGCACUGAAGGUCCUUUGACUACUGAAUCAUCUACAGAACCUUCUAAUGAGUCUUCCUCUACAGAAUCCUCACAAGAUAGUACGACCCAAGAAAGUAGCUCAAGCACUGAAGGUCCUUUGACUACUGAAUCAUCUACAGAACCUUCUAAUGAGUCUUCCUCUACAGAAUCUUCACAAGAUAGUACGACCCAAGAAAGUAGCUCAAGCACUGAAGGUCCUUUGACUACUGAAUCAUCUACAGAACCUUCUAAUGAGUCUUCCUCUACAGAAUCCUCACAAGAUAGUACGACCCAAGAAAGUAGCUCAAGCACUGAAGGUCCUUUGACUACUGAAUCAUCUACAGAACCUUCUAAUGAGUCUUCCUCUACAGAAUCUUCACAAGAUAGUACGACCCAAGAAAGUAGCUCUAGCACUGAAGGUCCUUUGACUACUGAAUCAUCUACAGAACCUUCUAAUGAGCCUUCCUCUACAGAAUCUUCACAAGAUAGUACGACCCAAGAAAGUAGCUCUAGCACUGAAGGUCCUUUGACUACUGAAUCAUCUACAGAACCUUCUAAUGAGUCUUCCUCUACAGAAUCUUCACAAGAUAGUACGACCCAAGAAAGUAGCUCAAGCACUGAAGGUCCUUUGACUACUGAAUCAUCUACAGAACCUUCUAAUGAGUCUUCCUCUACAGAAUCUUCACAAGAUAGUACGACUCAAGAAAGUAGCUCAAGCACUGAAUGUCCUUUGACUACUGAAUCAUCUACAGAACCUACUAAUGGGUCUUCCUCUACAGAAUCUUCACAAGAUAGUACGACCCAAGAAAGUAGCUCUAGCACUGAAGGUCCUUUGUCUACCGAGUCAUCUACAGAAGUCACAGAGGAGCCAUCGCCAACAGAGCCUUUACCAAACAGUUCGACGCGAGAAACUCCAUGUACCACCUAUAAUCCCUCUAGCUCUGAGCCUUCGCCAAGUACCCCAGGUUAUGAUGGCAACCCCGGAAACAGUGGAUCUGAGAAUGGAAACUCAUCCACAAGUGGAGCUCCAUGUACCACCGAUAAUCCCUCAAGCCCAGAAUCUUCACCAAGUACCCCUACAAAUGAUGACGACUCCGGAAACAGUGGGUCUGAAAGCGGAAUCACUUCCACUAGUGGAGCUCCGUAUACGACCGAUAAUCCAGCAAGCCCAAAGCCCUCGCCAAGUGCCCCGGAAAAUCCUGGAGAUUCCGGAAACAGUUCAUCGGAAUCUCCGCCUGCAGGCACGACUCCAUGUACGCCCAAUCCACCAACAAAGAGUACCACAAGUUCGUAUACCUCCCAUCCGACUGCAAGAUAUACAACCGAGGGUAAUAAAUCUGGAACCUCAACUUUAAGACCCCCAACUGGAACGACCCCUGGUCAUCAAGAAGAAAGAACUGACUGUAGCAAGAUGCCGAAUGGAGUCUUUCUGCGGGACUUACAGUCAUGCAAUAAAUAUUAUGUAUGUCUAAAUGGUAAAGCAAUUGCUGGCCACUGUCCCAGAAAUCUGCACUUCGACAUUAAGAGGAAAGUCUGCAAUUUUCCCAGUCUAGUGGAUUGCCCACUCGAUGAGGCCCCAGAAAAUGUAAAGCAAAAACCCUCGGACACAGAAUCGCCUCCCGACUGUAAGUCCUUGCGAAAUGGCGCCUAUGUUAGGGAUCCAAAGUCAUGCAGCAGGUUUUAUGUUUGUGCCAAUGGACGGGCAAUACCUCGACAGUGUCCCCAGGGUCUACACUUUGACAUAAAAUCCAACUUUUGUAACUACCCAAUCUUGGUGCAGUGCUCCUUGGACGAAUCUCAGGCUGAUGCACACGGAGCAUUACUGGCGGAGGGAGUCCCCGACUGCACCAAAGUGAAAGAGGAUACACGAUUUGGAGACGUCAAGCAGCAUAACAAGUAUUAUGUUUGCUUGAAGGGUAAAGCGGUUUUGCAUUACUGCAGUCCGGGAAAUUGGUUCGACCUUCGCAGCCAGAAAUGCAUUGACCAGCGCCUGGCUAAGGUGACCUAAGCACUCGUUGCAUAUUAGAGGCAAUAUCCAUAAUCUAGGCUUAGAAAUGUGGUGAAAGGGUUUUGAAUAUAAGUAUAUAUAUACAAUGGGUUGAUGGGUAAAAUUACUUGCAUUAUACUAUUUUAGAGUGGUUACUGAAUCAGAAGUUACAAGCAGACUCUAAUACGAUCUAGCCAGUUGAAGUGUUCAAUCAAUUACUUUAUCUGUCUGGGAUAUACAAAACGAAUAAAGUACAUGUUAUAUUUAAUCUUAAA